AUGUCCGAAUUACAGUCUAAAACAUCAGACCUCUUUCUGGGGUUUGAUCUUUCUACGCAACAACUCAAGGUGAUCUCCGCAUAUGCGAAUUUAUCUGCUCACAAGACGUAUAGGGUCGAUUUUGAUGCGGAUUUGCCCCACUAUGGUGUCCACAAAGGUGUUCACUCCAAUGAAGAAACAGGCGAGAUCUACGCACCCGUGGAAAUGUGGAUCGAAGCACUUGAUCUCGUUUUCACCCGGAUGAAGGAGGAUGGAUUUCCUUUUGCUGAUGUCCGUGGGAUGUCCGGUUCUUGCCAGCAGCACGGGUCUGUCUAUUGGUCAGAAAAGGCCGAAUCGCUUUUGAACAACCUUUCAGCUUCAAAACCGCUCAAAGACCAGCUAUGCCCCGAGGCUCUCACUUUUCUGAACUCGCCUAAUUGGCAGGAUCAUUCUACUGGUCCUGAACUCGAGAUUUUUGAGGAUUCCGUUGGUGGACCUGAUGCCCUGGCUGAGAUCACUGGCUCAAGGGCCCAUUACAGGUUCACCGGAACGCAGAUCCGCAAGCUUGCAACCCGUGUUGACAAAGACCUGUACCGUCAGACCGCCAGGAUCUCACUUAUUUCAAGUUUUUUGAGUUCUCUUCUUGCUGGAACCAUCACCAAAAUCGAGGAGGCUGAUGGGUGUGGAAUGAAUAUAUAUGACAUCUCAAAGUCGGCAUACGAUCCACAAUUGCUUGCAGUCACUGCGGGUGUUCACCCGAAGUAUGAUGGAAGUUCUGCUGAAGAAACCGCGUCCGGUGUGGCUGAUCUACAGAAGAAAUUGGGAGACCUUGAGCCAAUUGGCCCUCAUCCGGUGGGGACGGUUUCUUCGUAUUUCGUGGAAAAGUACGGGUUUAACGCAAACGCCCAAAUUUUCUCCUUCACAGGUGACAAUUUGGCCACAAUUUUGGCCCUACCACUUGCAAACAACGACAUCCUGGUUUCUAUGGGUACAUCUACCACUGUACUACUUGUGACAGACCAGUAUGUUCCAUCGGCAAACUACCACAUCUUCAAACACCCAACCAUCCCCGGUUCAUUUAUGGGAAUGCUUUGCUACUGCAAUGGUUCGCUUGCAAGGGAACUAAUCAGAGAUGAGGUGAACCACAAGUUUGGCGAACCAAAGAACUCUUGGACCAAGUUUGACUCCUUGCUGGAUUCUGCAAAGCCUCUCGGCGGAGGUUCCGCUAAAAAGCUCGGCGUCUACUUCCCAAAAGGUGAGAUCAUCCCCAACUGCUCUGCACAAACGAGACGAUACACUUACACGGAUUCAUUGGUAGAAGUUGAUGCCACAGAUAACAAUUCUGAGUGGACAGCCGAAGACGAUGUAGCUGCCAUUGUUGAAGGACAAGCUUUGAGUUGUAGAUUGCGUGCUGGCCCCAUGCUUGCCAGCACCACUGCCGAUGAGAGGUCUGGGGACGAAACAAAGCACGACGAGAUGAUAGCAGAGAUUCUGUCCAAGUAUGGGGAGAUUGGAUCCGAUGGAAAAGCGCAGGAUGCCAAGGCUUUGUCGUCGCGCCCUAACAAGUGUUUCUAUGUCGGUGGUGCUUCCAAGAACGUAUCCAUUGUUUCCAAAUUCGCGUCGAUUUUGGGACCUCUCAACGGCAACUUCAAGGCUGAUCUGAGUGAUGCCUGCGCACUCGGUGGCUGCUACAAGGCGAUCUGGUCACAGGAAACCAACCUCGCGAAAGAAAGUGGUGUUUCUUGCCUCGGGUACAAUGAGUUUCUGAGCAAAGGCUAUGACUGGGACAACAACGUCGAGAAGCUAAAUGUAAAGGAAGAAUGGGACGAUUACAUUGAUGGUGUUGGGAUUUUGAGUAGCAUUGAGAAGACGUUGAGGCACUAG